UACUGCUUGCGCGGGCCUGACUUUCCCAUGACGGAGUUGUCCGCGGAGGAGAAGACCUGUUCCGGGUGAGCCCAGGCCGCCCCAGAAAUGCGAUGGCCGAGGAGCGGGUACCAAGGACCAGGCUGAGAGGUUGGGUUUCGAGCCAAGACCCUGGAUUCUCCUAGUUAACAUUAAAGAGCUCUGAGGGUGUACCCGUGAAAAUGGCGUGAUCUGCAUUGGCCUCCCACAAUUUGAAGGCAUGGCAGUUAAGGAACACACAUGGACUCGUGGCACAUGGAAAUGUGUGCACAGAAAAAGGAAAUCUAUGAUUUUCUAAAAGUAGGAAGGCAUUCUUCCUCACCAAAAUGGAUACAUUCUGCUCAGUUAUCAAGUUUGAAAAUCUCCAAGAACUAAAGAGACUGUGUCACUGGGGUCCCAUCAUAGCCCUCGGUGUUAUAGCAGUAUGUUCCACAAUGGCCAUGAUUGACUCUGUGUUGUGGUAUUGGCCUUUACAUACAACUGGAGGAAGCGUGAAUUUCAUUAUGUUGAUAAACUGGACUGUCAUGAUUCUUUAUAACUACUUCAAUGCCAUGUUUAUUGGUCCUGGCUUUGUCCCUUUGGGGUGGAAACCGGAAAAUUCUCAGGAUAGAGAGGAUGUACCUCUCUGGAGGAUGUACCUCCAGUAUUGUAAAGUCUGCCAAGCAUACAAGGCACCACGGUCACAUCACUGCAUAAAGUGUAACAGAUGUGUGAUGAAGAUGGACCAUCACUGUCCUUGGAUCAGCAACUCUUGUGGUUACCAAAAUCAUGCUUCCUUCACACUGUUUCUCCUUUUAGCACCACUGGGUUGUAUUCAUUCUGCCUUCAUUUUUGUUAUGACUAUGUAUACACAGCUUCAUAAUCGGCUCUCCUUUGGGUGGAACACGGUAAAGAUUGAUAUGAGUGCAUCCCGGAGAGAUCCCCUUCCAAUUAUUCCCUUUGGAUUAGCAGCAUUUGCGGCCACCUUGUUUGCCUUGGGAUUAGCUUUAGGAACAACCAUAGCUGUUGGGAUGUUGUUUUUUAUCCAGAUGAAAAUAAUUCUCAGAAACAAUAUAAGCUUAAAUUUUAUUACCUGUCUUUUAAUAUUGCAAAUUUUUGUCAAAUCAAAUAAAGAUCAAUGGAUGUUCUAUAUAAAAAAAAAAGCUGUAAUGAUUAAAACUGUAUGA